UCUGUCAUUGUCAAAGAUGUUUGUGUUGAUUUUGCGUUGAAUAAAAAUUGUUGAAUUAUGUUUAAGUUCCAACACGAUAACAGUGAUAACGUAAUGAGUUGGUAAUAGCUUGGUGACGUAUGAAUCUUAAUCAGUUUUUAUGGCUUUAUCUCUGUCUCUCAUCGUGGUGGGCCCGACCGGCAUAUUGUUAUCACGUUAUCAUACCACAUUGAGGCUCCCACAUUGUAGCAACUAUGUCGUACUUGAAAAGAUUGAAUAAAAUUUGUGAAUUGAGCUUGAAGAAUUCCAGACGGAUAAGCAAUGCCCAAACAAAGGCUGGUGUAAAAUUACGGCAAAUUGAUAAGGUUUUAAUUGCUAACCGCGGAGAAAUAGCAUGCCGGGUUAUGCGUACAGCUAAGAAAUUGGGUAUCCGCACUGUGGCUGUGUAUUCGGAUGCAGACAAAAAUGCUAUCCAUGUGGAAAUGGCAGAUGAAGCAUACAAUAUUGGCCCAGCUUCCGUAACACAAAGUUACCUGAACAAAAAUAAAAUACUUGAAGUAGCCAAGAAAUCUCGCAGCCAAGCCAUUCAUCCUGGAUAUGGGUUCCUCUCUGAAAAUGUUGAGUUUUGUGAGCAGUGUGCCUCUGAAGAUAUCAUAUUUAUUGGACCCCCCACCUCAGCUAUUAGAGAUAUGGGCAUAAAAAGUACUUCCAAAGCCAUUAUGUCCAGUGCAGGAGUACCUAUAGUUAAAGGUUAUCAUGGUGAAGAACAAAGUAUAGAUAGGCUGCAAGCAGAAGCACAGAGGAUUGGGUUCCCAAUAAUGAUCAAAGCAGUUCGUGGUGGUGGUGGCAAAGGAAUGCGUAUCGCAAUGACGGAAUCGGAAUUCCUGCAACAGUUGGAAUCGGCUAAAAGAGAAUCUCUCAAAUCAUUUGGUGACGAUAAUAUGCUACUGGAGCAAUACAUCACUGAUCCUAGACAUGUUGAAGUGCAAGUAUUCGCCGACAUGCACGGUAACGCAGUGCAUCUCUUUGAACGAGAUUGUUCAGUUCAGAGAAGACAUCAGAAAAUUAUUGAAGAGGCACCCGCGCCGGGUCUGUCGGAGGAGACGCGCACGGCGCUGGGCGAGGCGGCAGUGCGCGCCGCGCUGGCCGUCGGGUACGUGGGCGCCGGCACCGUCGAGUUCAUCCUGCACCGCGCCACGCACGACUUCCACUUCAUGGAGAUGAACACCCGUCUGCAGGUCGAGCACCCUAUCACUGAGAUGAUCACUGGCACUGAUCUUGUGGAAUGGCAGCUUCGGGUGGCGGCAGGCGAGCCGCUGCCGCUAACGCAGGCGGAGGUGAAGCGGCGCGGACACGCCGUGGAGUGCCGCGUGUACGCCGAGGAGCCUGGCGCGGGCUUCCUGCCUCGCGCGGGCACCCUACACCGCCUCGUGCAGCCGACCCCCGAGCAACACUGCCGGGUAGAAACUGGCGUGCGAGAAGGCGCGGAGGUUUCAGUGCACUACGACCCCAUGAUAGCCAAGUUAGUGGUGUGGGGCCGCGACCGCAAUGAGGCGCUCGCCAAGACGAGGGCGAAGCUCUCCGAGUAUCAGGUGGCGGAUCUGGAGACGAAUGUGAACUUCCUGCUGCGGCUGGCGGGCGACCCCGCGUUCGUGGCGGGCGACGUGCACACCGCCUUCAUCCCGCACCACGAGGCGCGCCUGUUCGCCGCGCCCGAGCCCGCCCGGCUACACACCACGGCCCGCAGCGCCGCGCUAGGACAUGUGCUUCUGUCCCAAAAGGCAAGCAAGAGUGAGGCAAAUAAUGGAAUCGACGUUUCACCGAGUGCGUGGCGACCGAACUAUCAACUCCGAAAAACUAUUUCUCUGAAACUAGACGGCAAAGAUAUCGCAGUAGCAGUAGAACACGUCGGCCCGAAACUGUACCGAGUGAAAGUGGGAGAGGGAGAAUGGCAGGAGGCCGAAGCGUGGCUGAGCGAGAGCGAGCGCGGCGCUCGGCUCACCAGCGUCGUGGAGGGGCGGCGCGCCACCGUCGGCCUGCUGGCGUUCGAAGACCAGCUCCAUGUCUACGACGAGGAGGGUCAAACGAUAGCCUUGCUCCCUCGGGCUAAGUACGGCGGCGCCGGGGCCUCGGAGGCGUCUUCAGACAGCGCCUGCUCGCCCACGCCCGGCGUGCUGGAGAGAAUACUAGUUAAUCCAGGCGAUAAGGUGGUGAAAGGACAGCCGCUGUUCGUGGUGAUCGCGAUGAAGAUGGAGUACGUGGUGCGCGCGAGCCGCGGCGGCGUGGUGGCGGGGCUGGCGGCCGCGCGGCCCGGCGACGCCGUCGGCAAGGGCGCCGAGGUCGUGCUGCUCCUACCCGACACUUCUACUACCAACUGAAACACCACCAUCCACCUAACAACCUGACUAUUCUCACCUGACACUUACUAUUUCCUGUCCGUUUCCUGUCCAGGUAUUUAGCCUUUCAGAUGACACACAUCGUUUUUAGAGUAGUUUUAUUAAAAUUUUCUGAAAAAAACCGGACAUGUGCAAGUCGGACUCGCCCACCGAGGGCUCCGUACUUUUUUUUAGUACAUAUUUGUGGUAAAAGAAUUUUAUUCAUCUCAAAAGAAAUUUACAUUUCACUUAAUGAGAUACAUGCACUAAUUCUAUUCUAUGCUAAUUCGUUAGUUUGCGCCCGUGAGCGAUAAUUUGAUUAAGUAUAUUUACAAUUUUUAAAUUUAUUUAUUAUACUAAGAAGUAAGUAUAUACAGUAGGUAAGUAUAGUAAGUAAGUAACAAUAACUAAAUAAGUAUUUGUUGUUAUAGCGGCAACAGAAAUACAUCAUCUGUGAAAAUUAAACUGUCUAUUAGCUAUCACGGUUCAUGAGAUACAGUUCUAAUACAUUGUACCGCUGCGAGAUUUUGUCACGCGAAGGGUUAAUACAUUCACUGCCCGGCAACAAAAUUAACAGUACUCCAAUAACCAUGCAAUACGUAUUACGUAUCAUAGGCGGGUUAGCGAAGCCGCAUAUAGAUCAACACAGUAUUGUACGCCGGGCACUCACUGUUGUCAGCAGCAGAAGUAGGUGUCCAAAAUGUUAUUGGCGCGACAUUAUUCUUAAGAGAAUAAGAGCGGGUCAAGGUAAUUUUGAACACCUCGCCCGCUUAGCAACUCUUGCUGCUGACUGGAGAAGCAAUGCGCGGCGAA